AUGCUUGCAAGUUCCUCUCAUGAUUUUGGAAUAGUAAGGAUGCUGUACCGUCCACCCCAUCCUAAGGUUACCAGACAUCCCCAUAUUCAGUCAGCGUGGAGAGCCCUUCCUGAGAGGGAGGCAGUUGUUGACGGAUUUGCAAAGUAUUUGCCGAAGAAUUACAAAUUACAGCAGUUCGUAGCUACGGUCCGCGAUGGUCGAUUCUGCGGUGCUGAUUAUCCCUACAAUUUACUACCGGAAAAUUUCUGGAAGCGGCGAAGAUACAAUGUUGUUCACGAUAGGAUACCCUAUGAUAUGAGUACGGUUUCAGAAGUGAUGUAUUAUCCGAGGAUGAACUGUUGGCGGGUUGGGUGGACUGAGAAGGGGAGGCCUCGUCAUCGAUUAUUCCGUGUGCAAGGAGGGACAUUUUUGGAUGCCAAAUCGAAGGCAGAGAAAUUCCGGAAGUUACUUGAGAGUUGUGGACGUGUUGACAACAGGAGGACGGUCCGGCACACUAGGAUGGAGUAUCUUACGACUAAGAGGGAGAGGAAGAUGCGGGCUAGGGCUUUCCACAUGCACUCCAAGGGACUUUUCUAA